AUGUUCGCAAUCAAUGGGGCCGACUCCCCGUCGCCUUCCCCCGACGCGACCGUGCUGCAAGUGUCAGUGGUUCAGGGCCGGAACUUGCAGCUUCCAGGCGGCGUGCAGGACAAAGGCGGAGCCACGGUGUCGCUCUCUCAGGGAAAAAACCAGGUGAAGACAGCAGCGAAGACGGGAGCGGCUCCCAAGUGGCUCCAGGACUUUAAGAUUCCUCUGGACUACUCGCCUGGUGCUUCCCUGCCGCAGCCAGGCGACGUCGUUCUCCAGAUAGCAAUUACCUCACCUGACACGGGAGACGAGGUGCUGGCCACGUGUGAUGUUGACGUGGCAGAUCAGCUGCAGGGCGGCACAGUGGUGCGCUGGUAUCAAAUCAAGGACAAGGACGGCGCUGGGGUCGGCGAAGUUUGUCUUGUUCUGCGGAUUGCGAAGCCUGCCGCCUUGCGUCCAGGUGGUGCUUCCCCCAGCCACCCCAAGAGCAGCGUCGCCAUGUCCAGUGAGGGUAUUACGGCCGUGGUUGGGCGGCUGGAGAGGCGGAGAAACAUCCAGAGCGGGAGACUCUCGGCGCAGAGCUCUGCUGAAGGCACAGGGGAAUCCUCAGGUGAUUCCUCUGGUGCUGUCGCAGCAGCAGGAGCAGACUCACCUGGUGCUGCUUCUGGUGAUGGGUCACCGUCAACCUCCCAACAACAGCAGUCCUCCUGGUCGGGAGCUUGGCGGUGGGGGGACCGACAAAACAAGGGCAGCAGCUCAGACAAGGCAAUGGGGUCCUCUGUGGGCUCUUUGUUCCAAGGCAGGGCGCUGAAUAGCUCUGCCCGGCGGGCUGACGAGGCUGCGAGUCCAAAGGCGCGCAGCAAGGGGGGGAGCGUUGAUUUUCUGGGUAGUUGGGGGACUUACUGGUAUCGGGUCGAGUGGGAGUGCUAG